CGCCACAAUGAGUUGGGGGGCGCUCUACGCCCAGCUGGGCGGCGUCAACAAACACUCCACCAGUCUGGGAAAGAUUUGGCUCUCUGUCCUCUUCAUCUUCCGCAUCACUAUUCUGGUCCUGGCUGCUGAGAGCGUCUGGGGGGACGAGCAGUCCGACUUCACGUGCAACACGCAGCAGCCGGGCUGCAAGAACGUCUGCUACGACCACUUCUUUCCCGUGUCGCACAUCCGCCUGUGGUGCCUGCAGCUGAUCUUCGUGUCCACGCCGGCUCUGCUGGUGGCCAUGCACGUGGCCUACAGGAAGCGUGGGGACAAGAGGACCAUGCUGUCGUCUACAGAUAAGACGACGGACAGUGACCUGGAGACUCUGAAGAGGAGGCGUCUGCCGAUCGCAGGCCCCCUGUGGUGGACCUACACCAGCAGCUUGUUCUUCAGGCUCAUCUUCGAGGGCGGCUUCAUGUACGCUCUCUACUUCGUCUACGACGGCUUCCAGAUGCCGCGGCUGGUGAAGUGUGAGCAGUGGCCCUGUCCCAACAAGGUGGACUGCUUCAUCUCCCGGCCGACAGAGAAGACCAUCUUCACCAUCUUCAUGGUGGCCUCGUCGACCAUCUGCAUGAUCCUGAACGUGGCUGAGCUGGGCUACCUCAUCGGCAAGGCGCUCAUGAGGUGCUCAGCCAGGUCCAAUAAGAAUAAGCGUUUCUCCAACACUGACGGCGUGAUGCGGGACAAUGCCCUCGCGCAGAAUAAGAAGAACGAGAUGCUGCUGUCCACGUGCACAGAUUCAUCCAGCAACAAGACCGCCUGUUGAAGAGCAGCCAUAAACGGUACCCACAAUGCAUCAUUCGUUUGUGCAUAUUGUUCGAGACGAGGACAUUUAACAGAAAUCUGUUUAGUUGAUGUUUGACCUCAUCUCUACAUCAGUCUCUGUGUUUAUUCCCACACUUGGCCUCAAAUUUGUCCCGGCAGGUCACACGUCUCUCCUUCUGUCCUCGCAUGAAAGUCGCAGAUCAAACCAACAAGCGUAGAUUUUCUAUUUCUGUCGUCCACCUCUUCGUCCUCGUCUCUGUUUCCCGCUCACACUCUGAAUUUUGCUUGCAUGUGUCGUACUGUCCCGAACCAACGAAGCAUGAGUCCACACUGACAUCUGCUGGUGACAGUGGGAAUCAUUCUGUUUGACUGUGACGGAAGAAAAAUGAAGUUAAUGACAAAUGAAGCAGAAUUCAUGAUGAUUUUCAGAGUGUAGUUUUCCAGACAUUUAAUUUUAAAUGUUAAGUACAUUUUUAACCGUUGUUGAUUUUUCACUGUUAAAUCAAAAUCAAGGUUGACAUUUGUUAAAUGACUUUCUUUCAAUGAUUUUGUUUUUUUAAUUCUUGUGUGUUGUUAACUACUGAGGGCUGUACUGCACAGGGUACAAUUACACUGAUGAAGAAUUUAUUUAACGUGGUGGAAUCUUAUCUGAAACUCUUCAGUGGUUUUAAUGAUAGAUGUGACGCUCUUUGCCGUUCGAUCAAAUCACAAACUUUUCUGUCUUUUUACUUGAACUGUGUUUGAAAUGGAAAUUUUUCAUUUUAAGGAAAAAAAACAACUAAACGCUGAGACUAUGUUGUGUAUUUGGUACGAAUAUGAGAAUUGUAAAUGUUUAGGGUAAAUAUAAUGUUGCAUAAAUGUGAAAUGUUUGCUAAGAACUGAAUUUGCAGAGUCGAUCUGGAUGUUAGAGUCUUAACAAGGAGGCAAAAACUAAUGAAAUGUUAAAUCAAAAACACAGAAAGGUGAUAAAACGAGCAGAUAUUUUGAUUUCAAGCUGCGAAACUUGAAUAUUUGUGAAAUCUGUCGAGCUGUUGGUGAUUUACAAACAUGCAUUAUUUGUAUUUGAUUCAAUAGUUUUUGACGUUUGUUUUUGCCUCCUGACGACCCUGUUACCUGCCGAGUUUAUUUCAAAAAGCAGGAUUAUCAAGUUGAGCAGAAAACUUCAAAAACUGCUUCAUCAUUGAUAUUAAGCAGUUAUGAUGAUAUGAGGCUUUUCUGAUCAGCCCAGACCUGCUCCUGUCUUAUUUAGACUUGUGUUGUUGUCGCAGAGUGUGUGUGUGUGUGUGUGUGUGUGUGAACUCACUGCCUGUAUCAGCUUACAGGAUGUGCCUUUUUUUAGCCACAACACCGAUCACCGCUCGGCCUCUUGAUGUGAGGAACCACAAAGUGACAAAAAGUCUUUGUCCUCCGUCACAAAUCAAAAAUCAAAAAUCAGGGAGGGUUCUCCUGAAGAUCCUCCUGAGACGUUCUGAACAUUCUUCUCUGAGAAUAUUCUGCUUCUUAACAGCUUCCUGAGUGAGAAGGAAACGAAAUGUCUGUGAUUGUGUUUUGUACCUGAGAUAUUUUUUAUUACACUUGCACUUUGAUCCUUGAAGUCAUUUUGCUCUUUGAGACUUUGUUUGGUCAUAAAUCAGUAAAACCAGAAA